AUGACAAAGGAGCACCAGUUUCAGUUGUUAGCAUUUGCAGAAGAUCCACUAACGUUCACUGAAAAGUACUCGACUGCUUUUGAAAAGGGAUUUCUUCAUGUGUUAAAAACAAAAUUUGGAUCUGAUGGAGUUAGUCCCACUAAAGUAUACAAACAAUACAUUUCUUGUGAAAAAUGCAUCUACUUGAAUGCUACGCGCUGGAACACACUUUCAGAAUUUGUCCGCCAUAUCGAGAAGAGUCAUAAGUGUGUUGUUCACCACAGAAAGAAAGGUCGUCUGCUGAGACUGAAAUCAGAGGAAAGCGAAUGCACUCAAAGAAAAAGAAAAUUUGUACCCGAGGACGACGAAGCCAGAUGGAAGGUGGUAGAAGCUGGAAUAAACGCCAUUGUAGGCCAGAAUAGAUUUACUUUAUCACCAGAAACAACAAAUGCAGUAAAUGUCGCUGUAGAUGAGAAUAGGGCUACAGUUUUAAUGGACCAGCCAAAGGGAAAACAAGUCAAAGUUAGACCCAAGAUUACAAUGAAACUGGUAAAAAGAAUUUAUAACACAGAACGUAUUACACCAAAUUCAUUAACAGAUGAGGUAUCACAUUGUCCAGCUGCAGAAAUUGUAUCUGAUGAGGAACCGGAUGUUUCUAGUUCAACAUUUAGGAAAACUUUCAGACACAAAAUCAGUCUCGCAAGACGCCCUAGAACAGCAAAGGAAACGUCGACCCUAAAAAGAAAAUCUGCACUAGACAUCAUUAUGGAACACGAAGAGGCUGAAAAGGAACAGUUUAACAGGAAGGACUACUGGUUGCAUCCUGGGAUCGUUGUUAAAGUCACCACACAUAAGUUAGGUGACAAAUAUAUUAACAAGAAGGCUGUAGUGCUUCAACUCGUUGAUGCCUACACCGCAAUGAUUCAGAUGCUGAGCAGUGGAGGUGUGUUGUACGUGGACCAAGAGCACGUGGUGUCCGUGCUCCCGUCAUGCAAGAAGCACGUGCGGAUUGUCAACGGAGCGUACCGGAACCAAGUCGUCAUUCUAAAAGAGGUGAUGCCACAUGGAUGUUCGGUGUCAAUAUGUGCCGGACCUUUUAAUGGAAGAGUUUUAACUGGUGUACGAUCAAAGGAUAUUUGUAAAAUACACCAUCCAAAAUAA